AUGGUCAAAUGUAGGACAAAUGUCUACAACCUGACUUUCCGUGGACUGACAAUAGAAACUCCACAGCAAAGAUGGAGAAGGAGGGAGAAUGCUGGUGGUGAUCAGGUCAAGGAGAAUCUGAUUCAGCUGAGUUGUCACUUCACAUGGGAUCUGCUGUUUGAAGACAUUGACAUACCUGAUUUGGAAAUGAGGAUCUUGGAUGAGGUUGAGUUCCUAGACAUCAAGAACACAGUGCGAAUGCUCAACUUCCGGGCCUAUAUGAAACACCUGAAAGGUCAGCAUGAGGAAGCCCUGCAGAGCUUGAAAGAAGCAGAAGCCUUGAUCGAGAGAGAAGACUUGGGCAUGAGAAACUUGGUGACCUGGGGCAACUGUGCCUGGGUGCAUUACCACAUGGGCAGCUUGUCAGAAGCCCAGACCUACCUGGACAAGGUAGAGAACACUUGCAAGGAAUUGGGCAGUCCUUUCCGCCAUUAUAUAGAUUGUGCAGAGAAUGACUGUGAGCAAGGCUGGGCCUUGCUGAAGUGUGGAGGAAAGAAUUAUGCAGUAGCCAGGACCUGCUUUCAGAUGGCUCUGAAAGAUGAGCCUGAAAACCCUGAAUACAACAUUGGCUAUGCAGUUGCAGCCUAUCACAUAGACUUUGAUGAUAAUAGUAUCUCUCUAGAACCCCUAAGGAAGGCUGUCAGGUUAAAUCCAGAAGAUCCAAAUAUUAAAGUGUACCUUGCCCUGAAGCUUCAGGAUGUGGGAGAAGCAGCUGAAGCAGAAGCACACAUUGAAGAAGCCCUCAGUAACACAUCCUGCCGACACUCUAUCUUGCGCUAUGUAGCCAAGUAUUAUCGAAGGAAAGGCUGCAUAGACAAGGCUCUCCCUCUGCUACACAGGGCCUUGCAGGCAUCCCCUGCCUCUAGCUACCUGCAUUACCAACUAGGGCUCUGCUACCAUCGACAAGUGAUGCAACUGAGGACAUCCAGCAAUAAGCAGGCCCAAAGGCAGGCGGCACAACAGGCCCUUUUUGAAUUUCAAGAGGCUGUGAAACUCAGGCCCACAUUUGAGAUGGCUUAUGUUUUCAUGGCUGAAGUGCAGGCAGAAAUUGGCCAGUAUGAAGAAGCAGAGGCAAAUUUCCAGAAGGCACUGAACAUGAAGGAACCAAACAUGAUUAUUCAGUUUCACAAAAGGCAGGAUAUUCAUUUCCGCUAUGGCCUUUACCAAGACUUUCAUCGGAAAUCAGAGGACAAGGCGAUCAGCCAUUACUUAAUAGGACUUCAUCUGAAACAAAAAAACUUUGUCUGGAGGAAACUACUCACAACUUUGGAGGAAGUGGCCAGAAGACAUGCUAGCCAGGAUGUUCGACUUGUGGAGAGCUAUAGCUUGCUUGGCUUAGUCCACAAACUGAAGGGGGAAAAGGAAGAGGCCCUGCAGUGCUAUGAGACAGCUCUGAGGCUCACUGAGGAGGUGAACCCUGAAUUCUGA